AUGGUGCAGAAGGAUAAUUCAUUAUGUGUGUGUGAGACCCCCUGCAAAACGGUGCGCUAUGGGAAAGAGCUUUCCAUGGUGAGAAUCCCAAGCAGUGGUUCUCAAGGGUACCUAGCCCGGAAAUACAACAAGAGUGUGGAGUAUAUAAGGGACAACAUACUUGUUUUGGACAUUUUUUUUGAAGCAUUAAACUAUGAAACAAUUCAGCAGAAGAAGGCAUAUGAAGUGGCUGGACUGCUGGGUGACAUCGGGGGUCAGAUGGGUCUUUUCAUUGGUGCCAGUAUUCUCACAAUUCUGGAGAUCUUUGACUAUCUGUAUGAGGUUUUCCGGGAUAAGGUACUUGGCUAUUUCCAAAAGAAGAAGAAGGAAGCGAUGAGAGAGAGUAACAAUAUGGGCUGUGUGACGUUGGGAGUGCAGGAUAAUUACCUACAGAUGAAGACCAUGAGAGGAGGAGAGGAUUCCGAUCUGGAAUAUUUGGGUAGUUUGGGUAGAAGAGAUGUUCUAUGA